UUGUUACGCCACACAAUAUCGCAUGGAACACGUUGCAUCCAUGCCGCGUUGUGGGGAUUUUCAUAUUUGGCGCUUGGACCGUAUCGACAUCUGUUCUGACGAACUGGGGGAUAUUACUAGUACAUGAAAAACGCCGAACACGCAAGUCAAGACCCUCUUUCCGUUACUGAAUCUCAUCCGCAGUCGAGUCAUCAUCUUCGCAAUGUCGUCGUUUCCUGGCAGAGGACUACCUACUCUACACACCCAAAGUCAGAGCGCAACUUCGCAUCACACAGAAACAUGCAAUGUUGUCAUUUUUGGGGAAACGGGUGCUGGUAAAAGCUCCUUGAUCAAUUUGGUUGCUGGGACGUCAAAGGCGCUGAUAUCCUGCGACGCUACGGGAUGCACAACUGAAACCAAUGGGUACGAUGUUUUGAUUCAGAACGAGACCUUGAAGGUAAAGCUUUUCGAUACAGUCGGUCUUGGUGAGGGCCCUGAAGGAAAAGUCCCCGAUAAGGACGCUCGAAGAAUUCUUAAGAAGCUCCUUCGGGAUCUUAUGAAGCACACUGGUAUUCACCUCCUCAUGUACUGCGUGCGGGGUGUGAGAGCGACGAAGGCGCUCUGGCGCAACUAUGAUUUAAUCCGCUCCGAAGUGAAGGAGAGAGUUCCAGUCGUUCUUGUCGCCACAAGUUUAGAAGACAAAGGACCAGAAAUGGAGGAAUGGUGGAGGGAUAACGAGCGAUCCAUCUCGAACUUCGGGAUGACCUUUGCUGGUCACGCAUGUGUCACCACGGUCAAUAUCGAUAAAUAUGCAGAAGAUAAACUCAAGCGGCGCCACAAACAGUCAUACCAUGCCGUCUGUCGACUUAUCGAACAAUGUCGCCUAUCGGAAAGGGUUCAAACUCCACAGUUAGAUGUCGGUCGUUGGCUACAUGUCACUAUUCAGCAGGUAUCAACGAUGACUACAAGGAAAAAACAUAAAGAUAUCGUACUUGCUGAGGAGACGGCGGCAAGCGCUGGUUCACUCGCUAACCUCAUGGUGGCAGAGGAGGUAACACCCACAGCUCCUGACUUGCGACUCUGUACACUGCAGUAUUUAGAGACUGUCGACCUGUAUGACGAAAUUCGGAAGGCGUUCGAAACCAUUCGACUUGAAGACCCACAUCUGGAAAUCAACGAGCACUCGAUCCCUCCCAAAAUGUGUCCAAGGAACAAUAAUCAAAGUAUCAUACUCACUGGGGAGACGGCCACAAGCGUUGGUUCACACGUCGACCUCAUGGCGGGAGAUGAGGCAGCACCCACAACUCCCGACAUGCAACGCCGCAUGCUGCAAUGUUCAGAGGCUGUCGACUCUGAUGACGAGACAUUCGAGGCGAUCGAAACCAUUCGACUUGAGGACCCGCAUAUUGGAAUGAAAGAGUACCCUAUCACUCGUGGCAUCGAUGAUGGGAACAACGAUGUCGUACUCGCGGGGGAGACACCAGCAAGCGAUGGUUCACGCCUCAACCAAGUAGCGGGAGGCGGGGUAGCUGACAUAGGUUGUCGUAUGCUGCAAUGUUCAGAGAUUGUCAACUCAGAUGGCGUGACUUCCGAGGCGUUCGAAACCAUUCCAUUCGAGGACCCGCAUCCGGGAAUCAGAGAACCGACAUUGACGAGUCGGAACGAUGGUAUCGUACUCGCUAGGAAGACAGCGGCAAGCAAUGGUUCUUUCGUCAACCUCAUGGAGGGAGAUGUGGUAGCACGCACAGCUCCUGAUGUGCGACGCCAUGUGCUGCAAAGGUCGGAGACCGUCCACUUGGAUGAUAAGACUUCCAAGGCAUUCCUACGCCUUGUGGACCCGUGUUUGAGAAUUAGAGGAUACACCAUUAUCCCUCCCCAAAUAGGUACAAGGAACAAGAACCCAAGCAUUGUGUUCUUUCGUCGACUCGAGGAGCUGCACAUGGGAAUCACAGCGUUCCGUGUCUUUCCCGGAUACCAUAUCCCUCCAAACAUUGGUGCAAGGUGCGUAGUCUUCAGAUGCUCUCCGUAUCGUAGUUGUCUAAUUUGACCAGGAACGAGAACAAAAUUAUCGCGUUCUUGUGGCAGACGGGAACAGGCAAAAAGUCACUCGUCAACCUGAUGACGAGAAAGGAGGCAGCCCUUACAGGCCCUGGCAUGCGACACCGUA